AUGGUGGUUGUGACCGGCCGGAAGAAGAAACCCGGUUCUGUUCCGGUCUAUCUGAAUGUAUACGAUCUCACACCCAUCAAUGGCUACGCUUACUGGUUAGGACUUGGGAUCUACCACUCCGGCGUUGAAGUUCAUGGAGUUGAAUACGGUUUCGGAGCUCACGACAAUUCAACCACAGGGAUCUUCGAGGUUGAGCCAAAGCAAUGUCCAGGUUUCACAUUCAGGAAGUCAAUUUUGAUCGGAAGAACAGAUUUGGAUCCUGAUCAAGUCCGUGCCUUUAUGGAGAAACUAGCCGAAGACUACUGCGGAAACACUUACCAUCUGAUCACAAAGAACUGUAAUCACUUCUGCAAUGACGUUUGUGUUCAGUUGACAAGAAGAUCUAUCCCUAGUUGGGUCAAUCGUCUUGCUCGCUUCGGUUUGUUCUGCAACUGUGUUCUUCCGGCUGAGCUGAAUGAGACAAAGGUGAUGCAGGUAAGGUCAAAGGAGGAGAAGAUUCCGGAAGCUGAAAAGAAGAAACUCAGGAGCAGAUCAAGUAGGUUUCCUCCUAGCCCUUCGUUUUCUUCAUCGAGUUCUUUAAGCCGGAGCAGGAGAGGGGAAAGAAGAAGACAGUGUCUUCCUCCAUCACCAACUGUGAGUGCUUAG